GGCCGUUUUCACCUGGAAUCACCUCGUCGUCGUGAUCGCCGAGUGUUCUGGCGCGGAAAACGAGGCUUUGGAUUUGGUGCCCGCCAUCACCUCAACGGUAAGAAUAAUUUUCAUUUUAUUAAAAAGGGCUUUAGGCUGAAUUUGGGUUCUUUUUCGAAGCCAAAAAAAACAUUUUCAUAAGAAAAUACGCUUAAAAAGCCAAUAAUUGAAGAAUUUGCGCUCCAUUGAUAAUCAAAAAUUAAAAAAAUAGCCGAGAAUAAAAGCGUUUGCGCUCCACGGAUAAUCAAAAAAUGAAAAAAAAAUUCCGAGGAUCGAAGCAUUUGCGCUCCAUGGAUAAUCAAAAAAUGAUAAAAAAGUAACCGAGAAUUAGAGCAUUUGCGCUCCACGGAUAAUCAAGAAUGACCAAAUUGUUAACUAAGUGAUCCCUUACUAAUGUUAGAACUCUCAAGGGACUACUUGAAAGUGCUCAAAAAUGUCCAGUUUGAAGAAGUCUGUUCUUCAAGUUUUCUAGCCCUUAAGUGAUUUCACUUGAGUGGUGUUAGCGCUUCCCUUAAGUGUUCGCUUGGAAAAACUGCAAGUGUAAGAUUUUCUAAAAGAUUGAACCUAAAAUCGAGUUUUUUAAAUGAUUUUUUCUUCCAGGUCCUCGAAGAGCACCAUCUGAUCGUCGGCGUCGUCGUCGUUGUCGACCCCGGGGCGAUCCGACAUGGCCCAAGCGGCGAGAAACAGCGAAGUGUGCUCCGAGACCUGUUCCUUCGCGACAAACUCGACCCCAUCUAUGUUGCCUACAAUAUGUGA